AUGAAUUUCCGUCCCUAUGUGGAAGCCUUGAAGCAGGACAAUGACCUGGUGGAGAUCGACCGCGAGAUUGAUCCAGACCUUGAGGCCGGGGCCAUCAUUCGCAAGGUGUGCGAGACGGACGACAAGGCCCCGCUGUUCAACAACCUCAAGGGCGCCGACAAGGGUCUCUUCCGGAUCCUGGGCGCGCCCAACUCCCUGCGCGCCGACCCCAAGACCCGCUAUGGUCGGCUAGCGCGCCACCUGGCUCUGCCGCCCACUGCGGGGAUGAAAGACAUCUUGGACAAGAUGAUGUCCGCAGCCAACCAGAAGCCGAUCCCGCCCCGGGUGGUCCCCACGGGCGCUUGCAAGGAGAAUGUUCUGAAUGACGGGGAGUUCGACCUGACGAAACUUCCUGUGCCCCUGCUGCACCAGGCCGACGGGGGCAAGUACAUCCAGACCUACGGCAUGCAUGUCAUCUCCUCGCCUGAGGGCGACUGGACCAAUUGGUCGAUUGCCCGCGCGAUGGUCUACGAUAAGAACCACCUCACAGGGUUGGUGAUCCCACCUCAACAUAUCUGGCAGAUGCAGCAGAAGUGGAAGGCCAUUGGAAAGGAUGUCCCCUGGUCGCUGUGCUUUGGGGUUCCGCCGGCGGCCAUCAUGGCGGCCAGUAUGCCCAUCCCGGACGGGGUGACUGAGGCCGGCUAUAUCGGCGCGUUUACCGGCCAUGCCAUUGAUGUGGUCAAGUGUGAGUCGAAUGAUCUCCUGGUGCCCGCCAACACCGAGAUUGUCCUGGAGGGGACCAUGAGCAUCACCGAGACGGUGCCCGAAGGGCCCUUCGGUGAGAUGCACGGCUACGUCUUCCCUGGCGAUUCGCACCCUUGCCCCCUGUACAAGGUCAACAAGAUCACUUACCGCACCGGUGCUAUCCUCCCCGUGUCCAACUGCGGUCGUCUAACCGACGAAACGCACACAAUGAUCGGCCCCCUCGCAGCGGCCCAAAUCCACCAACUCUGCAAGGACGCCGGCGUCCCCGUCAAGGAGGCGAUGUCCCCCUUCGAAUCCCAAGUAACCUGGGUGGUCCUGCAGAUCGACACCGCGGCCCUCCGCCGUCUGAAAACCACCUCGGCCGCAUUCAGCAAGCAAAUCGGCGACCUGGUCUUUAAUCAUAAGGCCGGCUACACGAUCCACCGCCUUGUCCUCGUGGGCGACGACAUCGACGUCUACAACUGGAAGGACGUGAUCUGGGCCUUCUGCACCCGGUGCCGCCCCCAGCUAGACGAGUACUUCUAUGAAGAUGUGCGUGGUUUUCUCCUGAUUCCGUACAUGUCGCACGGGAACGGGGCCCCGACCCAGGGCGGGAAGGUGGUCUCAGAUGCGCUGAUGCCCUCGGAGUAUACCUCAGGGCCGGACUGGCAGGCGGCUGACUUCCACCACUCGUAUCCGCGGGAGAUUCGGGAGAUGGUGGAGGCUAGCUGGACGGCGAUGGGGUUCCGGGGCGAGGAUUGA